AUGGAUGCAAAUGUCAAAACUUCCAUCCCCUCGUGGUCUUACACUCCUGUGAAGCGCAUCUUUCCUCCUGAUCAUCCAUUCUUCGAGGUAAGCUUCCAACGGUUAUUACAAUAAUGCAGAUUAAUGGCAGUUAAUAAUAACAAUAAUGAUUAUAAAAAAUCUUUAAAACUUCUUUAUGUAGCAACUUAAACACUUGAUGUACUGGUAUCCUUUAUAGACGAAUGCAUAUUAAUACAGAAUUGUUGUUAAGUUUACACGCUUUUGCGAAAUGUUUAAUUGUUUUGAUGAGUUUGGCGCAGCAGAAAAUUUGCCCAUCAAUCACCUUACUCACGCAGAUCAUCAAAAAUGUUUUUCUCUCUCUAUUUUGAACAGUCUAGUUGGCUAUUUGAACACGACUAUUUUUUAUUUAAUCUCUCCUUGUUGUGGUUGCUAUAAAACAUUUCUCAAUAUGAUAAAUUACCGCCUUCAAGGAAACACUAAGUUACUUUGAAUUACCGUUAUUUUGUUCACAGGAAGGAGAAUUAUUUUGCAAUGUUUUAAAGAAAGAGCUGGAUAAUAGCGAAGAAGUUGAUACUGUCAUGCAAAGGUAGGUCUCAAGACAUAUAACUGGGUUUUGUUAUGGAGUUACACAACUAUAGUCUGUGGUAGUGUAAUAAAUGGUUUAUAAAGUAAUACCUCAAGCUGUACCAUAAAAAAUGUAUCUGCCUGAACCCAUAACAGGCUGAUGUGAGGCUGCAUCUUGCACUGACCUUUCUUGCAAUAAAUUAUUAUCUCUCCUGUUCUCUUUAGCUUUUGGCUCCUCUUUUCAGGGCAUCUACUUACCAGUGCUUUCAAUAAGAUUUGAAGGAGGUGGGUACCUUGGUAAAGCACCUGCUAGGGAUUAUAGCAUAAAAAACAUUUCUUUCUUGUAAUCCCAUUAUUUCCAUUUGGAAUAAACUGGCUUCAAUCAGAGUUUUUGGUGUUAAACUUCUGUAGAUGAUCAUUAAAUAUUUGUCUCCUUUAUUACAUGAUAUUGUUUAACUUAUUGUUUUAUUUUUGACCAAAAUCUUCUGUUUUCUGACAUGCAAGCCUGCUCCCUUGUUGAGUUUCACCCAAAAAGUCCUUUAAAAUGACAUAUGAGCCUAAUGGUUACAGAAAUUUAAGUCAGUAUGUUCUUGGAAACUCAAAUUUUUUUGUUGUUGGAAAUGUAUGUUGGAAUAUAUGAUUAGACAAUAACAAUCAUUUUCAUUAAAACUUGUCUGCAAAGGUAAAAGUCAACUGAAAGAACUCUAGAAGAUCUCAAGGUGUUUUAGGUCUUGCUUCAUAAGUUUGCUUGAAAGCUUCUAAAGUAUACCCAGAAAUUCAUGACAGAAUACCCAUUAGAGCUCUAGCAGGUGCAUGGUCUUAUUGAAAGCACUGACUUACAUAGAAAACUCUUCAGGCUCACUUGCCUGCAGUGCUAAUCCAAAAUGUUGGGAUUAUGAAUAGUUGCUUUCUACUACUACAACAACUACUACUACUACUACUACUACUACUACUACUAGAUGCUGUUAGGUAUUAUUGUACAGAUAUAUCUCUUAGAAUGUGUGCUAUGAUUGGUCAAUUUUAGUGGGCCAUAUUUUAUUGCAUGGCAUGCUAAAUUGAAAUGUUUGUUGGAAUUGAAAUCAUUUUCCUCUAUUCGGACUUAGUCUGGGCUGUUAGUUUGACACGACCUCAUUUUUUGGGCUCCCACUUAUGGCCUGUGCACUUUAUGCUUGGGCCAUAAAAGCCAGUGGAAAAAACUUGGUUCACGACUCUCAGUAGAGACCUCGAACUCAGUUAGUAAAAGGUAUUUAAACCUAAAUUUACUUUUUAGGAUUUACUUAAUCCACAUUCAUUUAAAGAGGAGCAUUUUUAGCUAAUAUAUCAGUAAUUCAUUUGCAUUUACAUGUAACUUUUGCUAUUAUUAAUAGAGCUGAAUUCCAAUGUGACAUUCCUGGUUGUGGAGAAUGGUUUUCUAGUGUUCCAAGGUAUUAAUUAAACUACUUCUAAAUAUUAAGAAAUUUUGAAUUUUAGCAAAUGAAGUGAGAAAUUGAUUUUGUCUGAAAUUUGAUCAGCUUAGAGACUGGUACAAGUUUUUUAGGACUGAAUCACAGAGUAAGAUGAAGCAAAACCAGCCAAUCCAGGAUUGCCUUGGUCACUCAGUUUAAAAUAACUCUAAUAUCAGAUUUUUUAAAACCUAACAACAACACAAUGAAAGUUGAUUAUUUUAUUUGUUUUCCCUUUGUUUGUACUAUAUUUAAUGUGAGACUCAAAGAUUAUAGUGACAUCAUUGAAUCUUUAUCAUUUUCAAUCUCUGUAGCUAUGAGGCACACUAUAACAGCUUGCAUCGUCACUGUUGUCAAAAAUGUCAGCGCUCUUUUCCAUCAACUCACCUGUUGGAGAUUCACAUUCUAGAAAACCAUGACAUGUUAUUCAACAUGAUAGCCAUGAGGAAAAACUUGGUAAAUAGUUAUUUCUAUUAAUGUUAUUAAUCAGCAUGGGCAUAGACUUGUUUAGGUGGGGUGGCAUAUGCGAUGAAGACUUGAGAGAGAGACUAUAGCAAAUGGGUGAGAUACUCCCUCUGAGAUUGUGUUUGGUGAGGCCUAUUUAAAAUGAUAAAUGCCAAGUCACUGAUGUGGCCUUGUCUUAGAGUGAGACAGACACGUAUGGGGUUGUGAAUCAGAAAGACUGAAUGUGGCUUUAUCAAGAUACAGUUACAGUUACAUUUGCAGCCAACAAUACAUAUUGCAUUGUACCUAGGUGAAAAGAGAGAGUGAAAAAAAAAAGAAAUGUAAUUGGUUACAUGUAUUCAAGAUCAUGAAUUUUGUUUUGAAACUUUUUUUUUUCUGGUACUUUGUAGUAUAAGUGCCUAGUGGAGAGUUGUCCUGAUAGAUUUUAAGUGCCUAGUGGAGAGUUGUCCCAAGAUAGAUUUUCUUACUAAGUGACAAGGUUCAGAAAGGAUCAACUAAUAAUCCCAUGAUUAAUAUUCUCCUCUAUUCUCAUCACCUGCCUGCUUGAUAUUGUAUUGACACUGUAAGGAGAAAUUCUGUCUUGGUCACUUGUGGGAUUGAAAGGGUUAACAAAUCAUCAUUUAGUAUGUGCUUUCAGUGAAGUAGAAUGCUUUUCUAUUUUUAUUGAUCAGAUGAUAAUUAGAAUUAUCAUCACUAUCAGUAUUAAAAUAAUGGUAAUUCUUUCUUUUUACUCAUAAGGAUCAUCUAGUAUCUCUUCACAAGUAUCCAUCAGACUUCAGAUUCAACCGUCCAAGCAGACAACAGCGAAAAAGCAAAAGGUUUGAAAAUUCUUUUGAUCUGCAACCAAUGCUUUAAUGGAAACACAGUUCCUUUUAGUAGGCAUUUGAUUCUAGAAUUUACAAACUAAUUUCGACCUCCUUAACUUAACGUGGUCACAACAAACAGCUUCACCUGUACAAGGUAGGUACGUUGUUGUCAAGAGCAAACCACAGUAAUAUAUAUUGUUAGGCAAAUUAUCGCCAAAUAAUCUGCCAGAUAUUGGAGGAUGAGCUCUUGUGUAGGAUGUUGCCUAAUACUCAUUGAACUUUCAACAAGGAAUUAUCAUCUCAGGUUUAUUUGAUUAUUUGAUAAUUUUACAUGUAUUUUUCUUUCUAAGCACUGAAAUUUUCCCCUCAAAUAAUCUUACCAUCAUCAAUUUUCCUUUUUUCUUUUUUCUCCUGUGGAGAUCUUAGGAUUGAUCCUGCUCCAAAAGUUUCUUUAGUUAGUCUUAAGAAGAUAACCAGUGAACUUAGUUCUCAGACCAUGCUGGACAUUUUUUGUUUUGUGCAUCACCUUGCAUUUGUAAAUUAGUACAAGGCAGUCAUUUGAAAGAGAAUUUAAUUAAUACAACCAUCAGCAAUCAUGGAAGUAAAUCUUUGAUUUCCCCUCUUUUACUGAAAGAUUUCACUCACAGUUCAGAAGACUGUGAGAUGUGGGAGACUCUCACUUAAAUGAAGGGGAGUUGGCUUAAAUGGUUAGUUUAGCCAUGCUUUCUUAUGGGUAUUGUGGUGAAGUUGAUGAAGGGUUCACUUUUUUGCUUAUUUGCAGUAUGCAAACUUCGCCCGAAGCAAUGGACACAUCUACCCUACCUCAGGUUAAGAAAUGAGUGAAAUUGAAUUUAAUUUCAGUUAAUAUUAUUCUGCAUUACUCUUUUGCAAAAUGAUUAGUUUCACAUAAGUUAUGGGGAUUUACUGAAGAUGUUCAAGCAAUUAUAUCCUUUCAAGGUUCUUAAUGCAUUCGUUUUGCCACUUACAGACUGAAAUAUUACUGAUCUACAUUGUACAUAUGUAUUUUAUUUGAUAGCAUCAUAAUAAAAAAUGAACUUAUAAUAGUUAUCCAUACUUGUCAAGUAUGCUGUAAUUCUAAUGAUAGCCAAUCAGUUUCUAUUAGAAUGUUAACUUUAACUUCUUUUGUGGUCUAGUACUUGUCAAUUUAGAAACUGCACUCUCUUUUGUAGGAACCUGCACCCUUGGUCAACACAGCACCAAAACAAAGGUUAAUGAACAUUUUAUGAUUACCUUUAAAUAAAAGAAUAAAUUUGAAAAGGGUCAAAAGCUGUUUCGUGGUAAUUAUUAUUUUUUCAACAGUAUAGUUCCAGCAUCUGUACAUGCAUUUAAGACCUUUUGAUGUGAUGUUAUCACAAAUUUUAGUUUUAAUGUGAAUAAGAUUUAGGUACAGGUCAUGUACCUUUAUUAAUUGUUAGAUUUAGCUUAGCCUGUUUUGUUGAUCUGCAUUAUACUGGUGUCAAUUAUGUAACCAACUUCUUGGAAAACAAUGAAUUCAAAAGAUUAUGUCAUGAGUUGUAAUUGAAAAGAUAAGCAUUUAAUUUCUCCCAACCAUAUCCAUAGAUUGUCUAGCAAACAGGUAAUAAGAAUACAUCUACUUGAACUUAGUAGAAGUUAUCUUGAUCUAACACCAACUAAUUUACAAGGAAAAGUGUAGCAGCUAGAGGGGAGAAUUUAAAAUCAGUUCUUGGGACUUUAAAGGUUAACCAGUAUUGCUAGAUUUACACUGUAACCUGCACCUCCCCACUACCUGCAGCAACAGUUGUUUACUGUCAAAUUACAAGAUUACUUAAAGGUAAUAGGUCAGAAAUUUCGGUGAGUGUGAUCUUGAGCCACAGGGUUUGCAGGUUAUUGAAAGAAGUUACUGUAUGUACACAUGUUUUAAUUUAGUGUGUAACAUAGAUUGAGCAUGGUUGUUCUUUUUUUCACCCCAGGCUACCAAAGACAAUAUGCUUUGGCAGAGGGUCCAGCAGAGCUUUCCAAAAAAGUAUCCCAAAAAAUAGCAAGAAAAAGUCCAAAAACUUGGAUGAUAUACAAGACCAAGCUGCUUCUCAAGAGGUAGUUAAAAACAGUAAAAUCAAUUGCAAUCAAGCUUGUUGCAUCUAAUUUACUUUAUAAUUAAAUUCGACAUUCAAACCUCAUAAACACUGAGUGAACUUGUGCUGCAGCAUAAUUGUUGUGCAGCUGCAUGCAUACUCUGUCCAUGAUGCAUUGAGUUACAAAUGAUUUGGUAAAUCUUCACUUUUGCCUUCCUCAUGAAGUCAGAGUAACUGAUCUUUAAAAAUUUCAGGAGGAAAAUAACUAGUCUACUUCUUUUCUUUCUGGAAGAAUUCAAAGAAUUCUUUGUUCUAAAUACACUAAUAUGACUAAAUUACCACUGUAAAUUGGCUUUCAUCCUAAUUAAUUUGUAAAGCUAUUUCUACCAUAUUAUGGUCAAACCAGGGUAAUGUACAAUCUUGUUGUAUUUUGCAGGUUACAAUGGCUGAAGUGAGCUGACUCAUGUAAACAGUUCCUUCUGAAUUAAGAUAGCAUGUUUAUAAUAACUUCUCUUUGAAGUCAAAUUUAUGUUUAAAUGUACAGUUUUUGUCAGAAAUUUAUAAUAAAAAAAAUUACCAUUAAUAAAGUUAAUCUUAUGGAAAAUGGUUGAGAACAAGCCCUGAAGGAAUAUGUAUAUAAAAGGUGUGGCAUUCUGCAAAAAAAGUGAAAUGUAGAGGAUCAUUAGAAAUGCUAUUUUCAACAUUCUUCACGAGACAAUGCUUAGAAAAAUAGUUCUGAUAACGUACAAAAUGACAGGUGUUUCAAGUGUCUUUACCAAUAAACAGGAAGAUGUCUUCCCUCAGUGCACUAGCCUGCAGCUUUACACCACACCCUCCCCCUCCAUGUGUCUUGGAAAGAAUUGCAAACUGGGAAAAUGUUAAAAAUAUAUUAACUUGAUAUCAAGAAGUACUUUUAAUGCUCAUACUGAACCUAUAUUUAAGCAGUUGAAAGUUCUUAAUCCAUACAAUAUAUAUUGAUUUCAAAUAGGAAAGAUCAUGUUUUUGUUAAAGAUAAGCCAUCUUCCUGAUGCUCUAAUAAUAUAAUUUUUGUUUUCAAGUCACAAUCAUUGUGACAAUCAUUACAUAGCCCUUGCAGAACAAAUAUCAAACAGUUUGCGUUAUGUUUCCAAGGACCUAAAUUUUGCAAUUCUCUGAAUAUAGAAAUCCAAAAUGAUGGCACUCUCUCUUGAAGUCUAAAUUGCAAACAUUACUAAAGUCAACUCCCUUCUUAUUCUUCUUGAUUUGUUAAUUUAUUUUUUGCUUACUUUUCUCACCCUGCUGAAGUAUAUGUUUGUUUUGAGUGCCUGCUAUUGUUGUUGUUGUUUAAUGUGUGUGUGCCCUUUCUUUUUUAACCAAAAAUAUUUUGAACCUAAAUCAUGCCAUAAAACUGAAAGAUACUGUAC